UCCACUUCUCAUAUCGCUGUAGAGAGAGAAAGAGAGAAAGAGAGAGAGAGAAAUGACGACAAUGGCGAGGAUGGAGAGAGACGCAAUGGAGACGGUGGCUCCCUAUGCUCCAGUAACUUAUCACCGUCGUGUUCGCGAUUUGCCGAGAGCACUACAAGCACCAGACAUGGAACACCCGCUAGGAACACCAGAGCAUAGACACAAUGGCCUUAGUGUUAUGCAGCAACAUGUAGCUUUCUUCGAUUUGGAUGAUAAUGGCAUCAUUUAUCCCUAUGAAACGUUCUCUGGGUUCCAGUUACUCGGUUUCAAUUUACUUGCGUCACUUAUCUUAACGGCUUGUAUCCACUUAGCUCUUAGCUAUGCUACUCUCCCGGGAUGGUUACCGUCUCCAUUUUUCCCUAUAUAUAUACACAACAUUCACAAGGCAAAGCACGGAAGCGACUCUAAAACAUAUGACAAUGAAGGAAGGUAUACACCAGCAAAUCUUGAGUUGAUGUUUAGCAAAUAUGCGAGGACAGUACCAGAUAAGUUGAGUCUUGGAGNAAUGAGGUUCCAGUUACUCGGUUUCAAUUUACUUGCGUCACUUAUCUUAACGGCUUGUAUCCACUUAGCUCUUAGCUAUGCUACUCUCCCGGUACAGUACAUAUAG